AUGACGGUAGUGGUGGUGGUGGUGGAGGAGGAGGAAGAGGAGGAGGAGGAGGAGGAGGAGGAGGAGGAGGAGGAGUAGGAGACGUGGUGGUGUGAUAGGAUGGCAGUGGUAGUUCGGCGGCGGACGCGCUAUCUGAUGUGGAUCAUUCGGGCCGGACUAAUUUCGGCCUGAUUUUUCCGUAGUCCUUCGUGUCUAACCGUGACGAGGGCAUUCGACAAAUGCGCGAUGGUAAAGUAGAGGUGGGUCGGCAUGUUUCUAACCUUUUACUGUAGCUGACGGACGACGAAAAUUAUGUCGGUGGUUCCGCAUUGACGGCGUAAGCCGCACCGGAUUCCCGGCAGGAGAACUUAUUCCGGAUAGUUGUUUAGACCGUUGAGAAGAAUGCGAGCUAAAUUUGUACCGGCGAUGUCAGGCAGGCAUUUUCCUCGGUAACUGUCUUAUUGAACAGAACCGAUGCUAAUAUUGAUAUUGUUCAUUAGUUCAGCGAAUGCCUUAGUGAAUGCCCUCUUGCCCAUUUCAGGCCUGCCCGAUGUCGAACAGGAGACCUCAUCCUCCCCAUCAACCACAUCCGACAUGUCGCAUUCGCAGUUGCCCACAACGGAAACCGGUAUUCCCACUGUCUCCUUACCCCUGUUUGCGUGCAUUUAG